AUGAUAUCACUCGCACGAUUAUCCACGCCCAGGACGCUUGCUACUCACAAGCUCUCUGCAUAUAUUAGGACUGGUACUUUUAGAUACGUCAGUCAAGCCGUCAAAAGCAAAAAACCAAGAGCGGCAACUCCACGCCCUGUGGUAACUCCACAGUAUGCAAGCAAAAAGCUAGCAUAUCCUGAGCUUCUGCUCGUCUAUCAUUCUGGAACUGGGAAAACUGUGUUUCUUGGCUGUUUGAAGAUUACUACUAUCUUCAUAUUUGUAUUUUUCACCCUGGUAGUAGCACCGGCACAUUACUAUGCGGAAGAUGAGCCACGAUGGGUGGCACCUGCCGUUCUACUAUCUGGAGCUGUACCUAUGAUAUUCGUAGCAUACAUCACAUCUCCAUUCGUCAACUAUAUACACCUUAAACUGCCCACUUUUGCUCGACAAUCACGGGAUAUAUUGAUGAGGUAUACAACGAACCCACCAAGGGAUGCACAAGUCGAUAUCACGACGAUGAAUUUUAUAGGAAAACCAAGAGUGUCUAGGCUCGAUAUCUGCAAAUUGCAGGCUGCCAAGCAAAGGUUUGGAGUGGGGAAUUUUUCUCGAGAUACGAAGACCAUAGACGCCACAAGAAAGUGGUGGAUGCCAAAGGCUGUACGAUUGUUUGGAGUCCAUGGUGGAACAGGAAGAGGAAGAGAGGGGGAAGCCUGGGAGAAUAUCGCGAAGAAAAUACGCAAUGCCUAG